AACAAGUUAUUCAAAGCUCAUAAUCUAGUUUCCCGCUUUCAAAUCUGAUUUCUGAAAUAUCCUUGACAUUCAUUUUGGUCUAACAAAAUUUCCAAGUUUGUUUGAUUAUAAUUUAAUAAACUGUAAACUACUAAACUAGUAAGAUUAUGACCUGAUUGUGUCUACUGACUAGGCCAGAUAGUGAUCUAGUCUAGUCAACUUUUAGUGUUUAGUGCAUCGUUGCUUCAUUUGGUCUGCAAUUACAACAGUGCUGGCAAGAUGUCACAUUUUGAGUUUGUCAUCCCUCUUCAAAGAAACGAACUUCGCAACUCCGCCGUAGGAGAAUAUAAAGUUGAAGAGAUUGUGUCCUUUGAAAAUCUACCAGAUGAGAUUGAAAAGAGUAUUGAAGCCUUCAAUGAGGAAGGUUGCGCUUAUAUUCUGGAAAACUUUGACACACUAUAUUCUGUCUUGAUUCACUUCAAUAGGACAGAUUGGCCGUUACUGAAUAGAAUAUUUGACAAACUUGUGCUUGGAAGUUUGAAUCAGUUGAAGUAUGUCAUCGAACCAUUAGUGGAGGAUAUUCCUGAUUCUGAUACUAGAACAAGGACUCUGAAUAUAUUGAAAAUGAACCUUUACAUUUUUACUCAACUCCAUAGUGCUACUCAUGAUAAAAUUGCCCUUGAAAGCAGCACAACUGUCAUGGAGAAGGGAAAAGGAAAAAGAGGGAAGAAAGGGAAAAUUGAGGAAUUGGGUUACGAUUGGGAUGAAAAGCAAAGACAAGCUUUCAUCGCCCUCUAUGAUGUUUUACAGCUCCAAGUUUCAAAACUGUGGGACCCUCCUGUCCCUGAGGAACAGUUUGUCAACAUGUGUGCCAACAGCUGCUAUAAGGCCUUGGAACACCCGACCAUCGCACAUGUCAAGGCUAAACCUCUGCGGGACACUCUGUUCCAGCUGCUAGGAAUGCUCAUCAAGCGAUACAGCCAUGGCCUCAGCUGUGUUGUCAAGAUAGUGCAGUUGUUAACACUUUUCGAACAUGUUGUAUCUCCUCUUGCAAACGGUGUGGUCAUGUUUGUACGAGACCUGGGAUUCAAAUCAUUAGUGAAUGAAAUUGUCAGAGAACUGAUGGCGACGACAGAAAACACACAGGAUGGCUCGAGCAUUCGAUCCUUCUCCAAUUUUCUUGUAGAAGUAGCGGAGUUAGAGCCGGAGAUAAUGAUACCUACUACUAAAGAACUGACAAAAUAUCUGGAACAGGAUCCAUACUCUAUGAGAUGCUGUGUGCUGUCCGUGAUGACGGAGAUACUACUGACACAGCUGUCUCAGGACUCCCUGGACUCGGUAGCUAAGAAACAACGAGACCUGUACCUUGACCUGCUAGAGGAACACACGCUGGACAACAACGCUUUUGUUAGGUCCAGGGUAUUGCAGCUUUAUCAGAAAAUCGUACAGCACAAUGCAGUUCCAAAAUCGAAAUUUCUCCUGGUCGUCGAUUUGGCAAUAGAGAGAGUCAUGGACAAGAGUAGUAAUGUUUGCAAAAAUGCAAUAUCUCUAUUGAGGUCGAUUUUGGAACACAAUCCGUAUGGAGUAAAGCUUGAUAUGCAGCAGCUGAUCAGUCAGCUGAUUAUGGCUGAAGAGAGCCUGCAGUCUUUAGAGAGAAAGAUCGGCUCUUUCAAAGAUAUGACUAGUGAGAAUAUCUGGGACACAAUCCAACCAGAGAUAAUCGUGUUCCUCUCUUCAGUCAUCAACUUUGCUGACACGGAGGCUGCAGAAGAGAGCGAGCUGACCCAGUUGUUGACCAGAGACACACUUCAAGAAAACCUCAGGACCAUCGCCAUCCUGGUCUCCAACCGCAAGUUUCAACCUGCUUUCAACUUGGUCAAGAUAACUGAACAGGCUUUCCCCAGUGUUAAAGAUCUUAAAUCUGACAUGCCUGCUAAUAACACGCUGGAGUAUUAUCUCACACUGAUGAGAGAGAUCUUCAUGAUGUACAACCCUCCGGAGGUGGCUAGACCACAAACGGAGGAUAACAGUCAGGAGGACUCGGAGAGCAGUGAAGUGCUCGCUGCAAAAGCCGAGGAAGAUCUCAGAGUGCAAAAGAAUGUGGUCACAUACCUUAUGGACUGUUUGGAGUUUUCCAAGAAGAUUGAAGAAGGAAUGGACUCCAUCAUAAAAAUUUUAAAUGAAGAAUCAAUCGCUGAAGUUUUGGAAGCCAUUAACUUCAUCACAGUAUCUUAUCAGUUUGGUCUACCGAGUGCUGAAAAAGGUGUACAAGAGAUGAUAAGACUUGUAUUCAGGAAGGAACCACAGAUUAUCGAAGCUGUUAACAAAGCUUACUGUGAUUUGUACCUCGAUGUUCCCGAUAAAAAUUCUAAAAGAGAAAAAGCGAUUGAGGAAGUUUCUCGGCUGAGCAAGCUGGCGAGCUCACUGGAUUACGGACAAAUAGAAGCGCUUUCCCAUUUUAUAAACAGCUGGAUCAAAAACAACAAUUUGGAUAGUGAAUUUAUCAAUGUCCUAUGGGAUCGGGUAAAAUCUCAGAACAUUUCCAAGGCUAAAAAGCAGACAGCACUUGUACUUUUGAGUAUGGUGACAAAGGGAAAUCCAGACAUGGCAAAGGAUAACUUGGGACUGCUGAUUGCCCAAGGCCUGAACAUAGACUGUGCAGAUCCAUCUGACAUUCACUUGGCAGUGUUCACUUGUGAGGUGAUCUCCAACAUUGUCAAGUGUAGGGACGCUAACAAAGAACCAAUCAGGUUUCCUGUUGAUUAUGAAAUGUUCCCAUUGUUGGCCAACAUCGUAAAAUCAAGCUUUACCAAACUAGACGGAUGUGAGAUGUUUAUUCGUUAUGCUAGAGAAGCUAUCAGUGUUAUUAUGGAGCUAUGCAUAGACCCUAUUGACAUCUGUGGAGACCUUUUGUUUGAUCUGUUUGAAGUUAUGAUUUCAACUUCUUCAGAACAAGGAGGGGAUGUAACACUUGAUGGGACAAAGAUGGUGAAUGGAGACGAAUCUAACGUGUCCUCUCUCAAUGACACAGCGGCCAAUCCCAACGAGACUAAGUUAGACAUCAAUACUUCCAAAAUAGAAACACGAGCAAAACCAACCGAGAGAAAACCCGUACAGCUCAACCUGCUCCUUCGUUUCCUUGUCUUAGUUGGUGACAUUGCAUUUAAGUAUUCCCAUUUCCUGGAAAACUACUAUCUUGAACGGUUAAAAAAGAAAAUGAGAGAUAAGUUCAAGACUUUGUCACCAUCUAAGAAUAGUGGUCGAGAAUCUUCAGCGAAUUCUACAAAAACUAAACAAAAUAAGGGAGAGGAGGAGGUGAUCACAGAAGCAGAUUUGAUGGCUGCUGCAGAUGAUUUGGCUGUUGAGGAGGUGCGCAGUUUGUUGGACUCUCAGAUAGUCAAUGGUGACGGUGUCAUCGCUGGCUUCAGUAACCUUAUACUGGAAGUCUGCAAGAACCCGAGGAGAUAUAACAACCCGUUCCUCAAAUGUGUGGCUUCAUCAGCCCUUACCCAGGUUAUGAUGGUGUCUUCUGUAUUCUGCAAUGACAACAUGCAGUUGUUGGUCACAAUGUUGGACAGGAGUUCUGAGGAGAGUGUACGUCUUUCCUUGGUAAUAUCAUUUGGAGAUCUUCUGUUUAAGUUCCCCAAUGUGGUUGAACCUUGGACCCGGUUUUUAUAUGCCAGGCUUAGGGAUGACUCUUGGAAAGUCAGACGUAACACGUUAGUGGUUCUCUCUCAUCUGGUGACCAAUGAAAUGGUCAAGGUCAAAGGUCAGAUAUCCGAGGUGGCUCUGUGCAUCGUUGAUAAGAACGAGGAAAUUGUUGAUCUCGCAAAAAGAUUUUUCUCUGAACUAUCUCAAAAGGGAAAUACUCUAUAUAAUGUUCUGCCAGACAUUAUUUCUCAUCUCUCAAACCCAAGUUCUGAUAUUGUCGUAGAAGAGAAAGACUUUGAAGUGAUUUUAAAGUAUAUAAUGGAUCAAAUCCAGAAGGAGAAGCAACUUGAGAACCUAGUCGAGAAGUUGUGCAAAAGGAUGAAGGAGUCACUAUGUGAGAGACAGUGGAAGGACUUGGCAUUCUGUCUGUCAUUGCUGCCCUGGAGUGACAGAAGUCUGCGUAGGCUCAUUGACCAUGCCACUUGCUUCUGUGACCGUCUGUUGUAUCAGCCUGUAGCAACAUUGUUCAUGAGUAUCGUGUCCAGUGUGUCCAGAUCUACCAAACCUGGAUUGAAGGAGAUCGGGGCUGAGCUGAAUGCCAUAAUUGAUGAGGUGAUCACGAAGGGAUCAGCUGAUCAUAUACACAAUGCAGACGAAACUAUGAGUGACCUUCCGUCCAAAACACCUGGUAGAAAUCCUAGAAAAACACCUGCCAAGACCCCAGCAACAAGAAAAACUGCGAAGAAGAAGAAAGUUCCUAAAUAUAUAUCAGAGUCUGAAGAAGAAAGUCCCAGUGACUCAGACAAAAGUGGAGAUGAGGCGGAGAAAGAAGUGUUUCAGCAGAAAAAGACAACAGCACGACAGAGGAAGAAACUAUUUUAAGAUAAUGUCUGUAAUUAUGAAUAGAUUAGGUACUGAUAAUAAUGUUUUCAAAAAAGUACAAACAUAAAUGUUGAUACUAGUGUAAUGUAAUAGGCCUACAUAAUGCUCAAUAUAGGAUUAUAAGGUAAGAGACUAAUGUGACCAAGUAAAGAUUUUAACUGUGAUCCAGUAAACAAGGUGUCUUCAGCUCCUGUAUAACUUUGAUAUUUCAGAAAAGUCCCUGAUAUUUAGUUUGGGUCCUGGACUUCCCUGAAAACUUACAGAAUUUCACAAUGUAUGAAUGAUUGUUGUCACUUAAAAGUGUAUAAAUUUUCAUCAAGGAAGUAAUGAAUUGUCACAAACACAAUAAAUUGUUAUGCUUAUUACUUUUGUAAAGUUUGUCGAGAGUUUGAGUCGAUAAGUGAGUUGGGAAGUAGAGAGAGUUCGACUGGUUCUAAUUUAAUUUUACUGUGAACUGUGAUGUGCAAAGUCAAUGUCUUUUGUUAGAUUACAAUCGUGUAUCUUGUAAUUAUAUGUAAAUAUUUUAUCAUAUACCAGAGCCCUGCUAGUUUAAUCCAAACUAAUGGGGACCAGACCACGUUUGAAAUUAUUACGUUUACCUGUAAAAGCAGUAAAACUAGAUAAACAAAUUGUAAAUGGCCAUUUAUUGCUCGUGCAAUCCCAGAAACAUGGUGAUGAUCUUCUAAGAUUACAGAAAUAUCCGUCAUCAUCUUCUGGUCUUAAAAUAAAACCCUGAAUUGACACUCGGCCAUAGGCUAUUAGCAGUUAACCCAAAUUUCCUACUUACCAUGAAAUUUUUUUCUCUCUACGGUAAAUGAAGUAACCUUUUUUUCUCCAACAGGUUUGAAUUAGUGGGAGUCAGAUGGUAUGAAAGUAAGGUUUUGUGUGUGACAUAGAAGGUGUUUCAUUAUUUGAUAUUUCACACAUUUCUGAAGUAGUAUCCUUAAAACUCUCCGAACAACCUUGAAUUUUUGUAUGGCAGGUACUGUUGUAGACACUCUGGUAAAUAUUUGUAUACUUCAAAGUAAUUUAACUGCUGGGCAAUCACAGUGGUUAUGUUUUCAAGCAGUAAUUAAUUAUUAAACUAGCUAACUAUUUAUUGUUAGUAAUUUUGUAUAUCUUACGGCUGUGAUAGGAACCAGUGAUGCCUUAAAACAAUCUGUUUAAAUUGUUUUUAACAUUUUUUAAAUGUUGCAUCACAGUUAGACUAUGUAUUGUUUUGUAAUUAAUUGUAUCUUAUGGAUUUAGAAAUAAGGUGCACUUUUUAACAAAUAAAACUUCUUAGAAACCCUGAACCUGAUACUACCGUUAAA